AUGACACCUGGAGAAGAUCCGACAAAGAACCUCGUUCACAUCUCUGGAAGCGGCGGAGCUCCGAGGACGAUUAAUACAGAAUCCAGAGAAAACUACACGCAACUAACACUUGAUGGGCGCAUCAAAGAGAGCCACACAAGAUACGGUUGCAACAAGAAGAAACACAUUCCUGCACGAGGAGCUGUUCCUGGUCGUGUCCCAGCUCAACCUCUUGUUCACGCUACACAGCCAACAAUCGAACCUACUCCAAUGUAUCAGACGCAGUUUUGCGGCGUUGGCGAGUCCAAGACUUUAUCAAAAAUUUACUGA